CAUUCGUUUUUUUAUUCAAUUUAUUAUUUCAUUUUCGUUUCAAAAUUCGCAUAAUUUCUCUAUUAUAGUUUGUUCAUAAUUAAUUUACAACAAGUGUUGAAGUCGAGUAACUAAUAAACUCAUCGAAAGUAUUUCUAAACACUUUCCUGCUCAGUUAUGUUCCCAUAAUUCUGGAAAUAAAACGAAAAUGCCGGAGGUAGAGAUUAACAACUUGACGGUGGAUUUUCCUUACGAACCGUAUGAGAUCCAAAAGGAGUACAUGUCGAAGAUAGUAGAAUGUCUUCAAAAAAAAACGAAUGCAGUCUUAGAAUCGCCGACAGGAACUGGCAAAACAUUGAGCUUGCUGUGUUCCUCUCUAGCGUGGUUAUGCGCUCAGAAGGCCGUUUACCAAAUUCAAUAUCUCAGUCCAUCCAUCGAACCGAAUUCGUUUAUAUCAAAUUUGGACUCUAAAUUACAGCAGCAGACGGGCGGAGUUGCAAGUAGCAGUAGUUGGAAUGGAGGAAAACUUCGAGCACCGAAGGUCGUAUAUGCAUCGAGAACACAUUCACAACUCAAUCAAGUCAUGUUGGAGUUGAAAAAAACUGCAUAUAGGCACGUAAAAGUAGGAAUCUUAGGAUCUAGAGAUCAGCUGUGUAUUCACCCCAAAGUAUCUCAAGAAACCAACGUUGGAACAAAACUCCACAUGUGCAAAUCGUUAGUCUCAUCGAGAUCUUGUCAAUUCUACAAUAACGUCGAAAACAAGAUAAAAGAACCGCUUUUUCAAGAAGAUAUUCUAGUCGAUAUCGAAGAUCUAGUAAAGAAAGGCAAACAAACGAUGUGUUGUCCGUACUACGCUUCUCGUGAAUUGCAACAUGAUGUAGAUAUUCUGUUUACCCCUUACAAUUAUCUGCUGGAUGCCAAAACUAGACGAGCUCAGGAUAUCAAAUUAUUUAAUGACGUUGUAAUAUUGGACGAGGCUCAUAAUGUAGAAAAAGUCUGCGAAGAGUCGUCUUCGUCUCAAAUCAGCAGCACCGUAAUUGCCAUUUGCAUCAACGAAGUUACCGCGGUCAUGAAAUUGUUCCACAGUGAAGUAGAACAAAACAGUUUCUCAUCCGAAACGAACCUUCCUAAAGAUUUCACUGCAGAAGACUUGGCUUUACUCAAGACUUUAUUUAUGGCUAUCGAAAAAGAAAUAGAUAACAUUCCUCUGAUUACCAAUGGAGAUAAAAAAUCGCAAACGUUUGUCGGAUCUCAUAUUUUCAGUAUUUUAAGGAAAGCGGAGAUAACCUCGGAUAAUAUGCAAUCGCUGAUUGACUUAUUGAACAAAGUUUGUCAGUUUCUCAUGACUAUCAGUGAAUCGCAGAUUCAUCUACAAGGCGCUGGUCUGUCUAAAUUUAUGGAGUUUAUUGAAAUAGUUUCGUUUAGUUUAGGUCAACCUCGUUCGACCGAAAAUACGGAUAAGAAUUAUAAAUUAUACGUAGAAAUCGAGGUACCAAAAUCGAACACAGGUGGAUCAUCUUGGUCAACUACAAAUACAAUAGAAAGUGGCGGCAAAGUAUUGAAUUUUUGGUGUUUUAAUCCUGGAUUUGGCAUGAGAUCUUUACGCGAUCAAGGAGUUCAAAGCAUUAUACUAACAAGUGGUACUCUAUCGCCCCUUUCCGCCACCAUAUCGGAGAUCGGAAUACCCGUAGAUGUUCAGCUUAGCAAUCCUCAUAUCAUUAAAUCGAAUCAGAUUUGCGCAGUUGUUGUUGAUAAAGGUCCAGCCGGUAACGAGUUGAAAUGUAUCUAUCAAAAUAGGACAAAUCAGAAAUACUUGAUGGAUUUGGGUCAAACGUGUUUGAAUUUUUAUCGUGUAAUACCCGGAGGAGUUCUGGUAUUUUUUCCUUCCUACCCGUUCUUGAAGUCUUGUCGAGAGUGUUGGCAAGAAAACGGAAUAUGGGAUCGAAUGGCCACGUUAAAAAGUAUAUUCGUCGAACCGCAAAAUAAAGAUGGUUUAAAACCAUUGAUCGAAGAAUAUUACAAAACCAUAGAAGAGAAACAUGGAGCUAGUUUAUUCGCUGUUUGUCGUGGCAAAGUAUCAGAAGGUUUGGAUUUCGCCGACUCCCGUGCUCGAGCUGUGAUUGUCAUAGGUCUACCUUAUCCUCCGUUUUACGAUCCUAAAGUUGUACUAAAACGAGUCUACAUGGACGAUGGCAGAAAACAAAAUAAAUCGAAAUUGGAUGGCAACGAAUGGUACCAACUGGAGGCCAUGAGAGCUGUGAACCAAGCAGUAGGUCGAGUCAUUCGACAUGCUUCUGACCACGGAGCGAUUAUAUUUUGCGACUGCAGAUUCUCCUUCCAGAGUAAUGUGAAAUCACUUUCUGCGUGGCUACAAAAUUACAUACAAACCAACUCGUCUUUCGGUCUGGCGUACAAACUCGUUAAUACUUUUUUCAAAAACUGGAAAGAUUCUCCGGCAACGGUAGUCUUGAGAUCAGAUGUCAAUGCGUUGCAAGAUUCGAAUCAAACAAUACAUAGGACGAUUAAACCAGCUCAAAAAUUGGCACCCAGUUCCAGCGUUACGAAAAAUAACGAUUUGAAAAAAAUGUACGCAGCUUUACCUUCAACUUCGAGUGCACAAAAAGAAGACCCUGUCCCAGUUUCGAAUACGAAAAAGAAAAGUUUACUAGAAAGUUUAGGUGAAGAGAGUACUGAAUCUGAACAAUCGGUAUUUCAGAAUCCAGAACCUACGUUACUUUCACAAAACCCUGCGAAAAUAGUCAAUCAAGAAAGCUUUCAAUUUCAACAAAGCAAAAAGCGAAAGUUGAACGUGGCUCCAAUUCGUUUCGAAAGUAAAACAACCGAAGUGAAAUUUGACCUUCCAAAGUAUACUGCCAAGUUACAAAAAGCUUUGAAUAAAGAUCAGUUCACCAUUUUCCGCACAGCGUCAAAAAAAUACCAAGAAAAUCACGAUUGUCAAACUUACGUUACAACGCUAUCGCAAUUAUUUUUACCAUCCAACGAUACUCAAAUGUUAGCCCUGUUCAGAGAUGUGCCAUUUUUCCUACGAAAUGAAGAAGAUAAAAAGAUUUUUUGGGAUGUGUAUUAUAAAUUAACGCAGAAACGAAGUAAAACAAAGUAACAUAACAUCACGUGCUAUAUUUAUUAGAUAAAUUUUUAACAAUAAUUUUUUUAGUAAUAUUUUUUUUUUGUUUUUUUAAUUAAAAAAGUUGUGACUUUGUUAGAA